CCGCGCUCCAGCAGAAAACACAACACGGACUCCUGGGUCAGGGCCAUCGCGGCCCCUGCGUGUUGCUCCGUUGACAUAAAAAGGCGCAGGCGAUCGCUUCGCGUUGCAAAGGCAUCAGAGAACAGAAUCCCUUCCCAUGCUGGAUGGAGCGAGAACAACUCUCAGAGCAGUGAGGCAGGCUGCCUGUGUGCUGUAAUGCCGCCCUCCUGCACAGAGGGGGUGUUGCCUCGUAGCAGCCGCACCGAGCAGAGUGUGAGGAGAGCAGCUCUGGAUGGAGGCUGAUUAUUAGUCCUGGACUCAGACGCUGGUGAUCAUGGCGGCCGAUGAGAAUGAAGAAAUGCGAAGCCUUGAGCUCAGUGGCCAAGUAGGGUUCACCAGCCUUCCCCAUCAAGUGGUCAGGAAGUUUGUGGAACGGGGAUUCUGCUUCAACAUCCUCUGUGUAGGCGAGACGGGUAUAGGCAAAUCCACCCUGAUCAACACGCUUUUCAACACGACGUUUGAAAACGAGGAAGCUGAUCACUAUGAGCAGGAGGUGAAGCUGCGCUCCCAGACCUACGAGCUGCAGGAGCACACCGUCAAACUGAAGCUGACCGUCGUCCACACCGUUGGGUUUGGAGACCAGAUCAACAAGGAAGAAAGCUGCAAACCCCUCGUCGACUACAUUGAAGCCCAGUUUGAGAAAUUCCUCGAAGAGGAGCAGAAAAUAAAGCGUUCCCUCUUCAACUAUGACGACACUAGAAUCCACGUCUGCCUGUAUUUCAUCGCUCCGACCGGCCACACCCUGAAGUCUCUGGAUCUCGUCACGAUGAAGAAGCUGGACAGCAAGGUGAACAUCAUUCCCAUCAUUGCAAAGGCAGACAUCAUGUCCAAGAGCGACCUGGCAAACUUAAAGAAGACGAUCAUGAACGAGCUGCAGAGCUACGGCGUGCAGCUUUAUCAGUUUCCGACGGAGGAUGAAGAAGUUGGAGAGAUAAACUCUUCCUUAAAUGCUCGCCUUCCCUUUGCUGUGGUUGGAAGCACGGAGGGUGUUAAAAUAGGGAACAGGAUGGUGAAAGCAAGGUCGUACCCCUGGGGAGCCGUACAGGUGGAAAACGAAGAGCACUGUGACUUUGUUCAUCUGAGGGAGAUGCUUCUGCGUGUUAACAUGGAUGACCUCCUGGAGCAAACACACUCUCGUCACUAUGAGCUCUAUCGUCGCUGCAAGCUAGAAGAGAUGGGCUUCAAGGACACUGACCCCGACAGCCAGUCGUUCAGCCUGCAGGAGAUGUACGAAGCCAAACGAAAGGAGUUCCUCAGGGAGCUGCAGCACAGGGAGGAAUCCAUGAGACAGAUGUUUGUCAACAAAGUAAAGGAGACGGAGGCAGAGCUGAAAGAAAAAGAAAAAGAGCUUCACGAGCGCUUCGAGCAGCUGAAGCGCAUGCACCAGGAGGAAAAGAGAAAUCUGGAGGAGAAACGACGGGAGCUGGAGGAAGAGAUGAAUGCCUUCAACAGGAGGAAGGUGGCGGCUGAAGCCCUGAUGGGACAGGCGCUGCAGCCGCUCAAGAAGGAGAAGGACAAAAAGAACUUCUUUAGCCUUCCGUCUGCGUGCUCCUUAACCUCAGGAAGGAACCUGAACUAGAAGCGCUUCCACAGCUUGGGAACAUCGGACUAACAAUCAAGUGUUUUUAUUUUUACAAUGUUGAAUAAAGAUUUUAUAGAAAUGUAACAUCCUUGAAGGUGAGUCCACCUGAUGUCUUCCACGUCAACUAGACCUUUAUCUGCACACUUUUAAGCAACGUGCUGUAGCAUAGUCUCCGCAUGGCUCCUAAACUUCACUCCUGCAAAUACUUGCAGGAGUGAAGUUUUUAUACUACACUGUUGUUGUUUAUUUCCCCUUCUACCGUGUCUUGCAAACGUGUUCAUACCUCCUGAAAUUUUCCAAAACGUUUUCAUGUUACAGCCACACAUGUAUGUCUUAUUUCUGAUUUUAUGUGACAGACCAACACAAGGUAGCUCAUAUUUAUGCAGCGUAAGGAACAUUUUACACAGUUUUCAUAUUUUAUUUCUUUUACAUGUUUUUAUUUACACGCCUUUAGUCAAUACUUUGUAGCAACACUUUGUCACGCGUCUAGAAAUUAUCUAGAAAUGUAACAUUUUGACCUCUUCUUUUUUGCAAACUAGCUCAAGCUCUGUCAGAUUGGACGUAGAGCAUCGGGGAACAUUAAUUGUUAUUUAUUAACCAGAUUAUUAAUGGGUUUCAAAUUAAUUUACAUUGCUCUAAAUUACAUGUGUCAAACUCAAGGCCCGCGGGCUGAAUUCGGACCUGUCAAGGCAAUUUAUCUGGCCCUCAAGGGCCAAAACAGGUAUAUCAUGUCAUAAAGUAGAGUAUAUCCUUUUAAAUUGUAUAAAGUGGCUAAAACUGUGCCUCCUGUAGCGAAUAUUUUUUUUAACUGUGCAGUAAAAGCAUCCAGCCGCUAGAUGCCACUUUUCCCACGACACACUAAAACAAGCCAGAAAUGUCCAAAAAGUAUGCAGAAUGAUGAGAGUUUAAAGUGUAACUCCCCCAUUAUCAACUUUCUUUGCGCAUAAACUGUAUAAACUGGGCCUGAGGGUGCUACUUUUAUGUUACUGUGCCUUUUUUUUAAUAACAUAACCCGGCUUUAAUCCUUGCCACUACUUCAUCUCUGACCUGUCUGCUGUGUUCCUUGGUCUAUAUGAUGCUCUUUGUUUACUAAUGUUCUCUAAAGAUCAUUUGAGGCCUUCACAGAACCGCACUAUUUACAGUCAGAUGUUACACGUGGGUGCAUUUACUAAUCAGAUGAUUUCUGUGGGCAAUUGAUGCACUUAAUUUUACAUAGGAUUUCAACAGUUAAGGAGCUUUGAGUAGAAAUACCACAAU